CCUCCACUGCGGCAGUCACUCCGCUGGCUGCGGUCGGGUCAGGCUGCAGCCGCGGUGAGCCUGCUGCAGCCCGCGCUUCCGCCGUCUGUAUCCUCGGUCCUCGGCCGUCCUUGCCGCCCAGAGGGUUCUCAGCCUGCGAAGGAGCCGCUCCCGGGCUGAUCCUGCCGCUGUUGCUGCGACCGCGGGACACUCUCCCUCUCCAAGGGCGGCACAGCCCUCGUCUGCAAAGCAGCCGCCCCUCGGCCGCCUGAAGGCCCGGUUCCGACCGCGAACGUCCGAUCGACGCCCGCAGCAGCGACUGCCUGGCGCGCCGGCCGCGGAGAGGAGGCGGCCACACCCCCGCGACCACACCCCGGCGGCCUCGCCAGCCCGGCGGCUCCUGCCCUCGCCACCCGCGCUCUCUCCAGGCCUUCCACGCUGCGGCGGGUCCGGACCCCCGACCUGCAGCUGGAGGACCCCGCUUCGCAGACGGCGACCUGAGACGCAAGAUGGCCGCGACCGCGUGACUGACCGGCUGCGCAUUCCAGAGGCUUCGCGCCGCGAACGCGCCGUCGGACGCACUUGGAGGAGCAGCGAAAGGACAAGAGCUGGACUCUGGUGUCGUUUGUUAUAUCUGAUUGUGUGAAGCUUGCUUCCCGUGGGCGUUUUGGGGACAGCGUCUGCUGUUCCAAGUCCUAGAGCACAGGGAGCCACGGUCUGAUCCCUAUUUGUAGAAUUGGGCCCUUGAUAGUUGGGAAAAUGGCGAUGACACUGUUGGAAGACUGGUGCAGGGGGAUGGAUGUGAACUCCCAGAGAGCCCUGCUCGUCUGGGGGAUCCCAGUGAACUGUGAUGAGGCUGAAAUCGAAGAGACCCUCCAGGCUGCGAUGCCCCAGGUGCCCUAUCGAGUGCUUGGGAGAAUGUUCUGGAGGGAAGAGAAUGCGAAAGCAGCCUUGUUAGAGCUCACUGGCGCUGUAGAUUACGCGGCCAUCCCCAGGGAGAUGCCGGGUAAAGGAGGGGUCUGGAAAGUGGUCUUUAAGCCCCCGACUUCCGAUGCUGAAUUUUUAGAAAGGUUGCACCUCUUCCUAGCGAGAGAGGGGUGGACCGUGCAAGAUGUUGCCCGUGUCCUUGGGUUUCAGAACCCCGCUCCGGCCCCAGGCCCAGAUAUGCCAGCAGAGAUGCUAAACUAUAUUUUGGAUAAUGUUAUUCAGCCUCUUGUUGAGUCCAUAUGGUACAAGAAGCUGACGCUGUUCUCGGGGAGAGACAUCCCGGGGCCUGGGGAGGAGACCUUUGAUCCCUGGCUGGAGCACACUAAUGAGGUCAUAGAGGAGUGGCAGGUGUCUGAUGUAGAAAAGAGGCGGCGAUUGAUGGAGAGUCUUAGAGGCCCUGCCGCUGAUGUCAUCCGCAUUCUCAAGACUAACAAUCCUGCGAUAACCACCGCCGAAUGCCUGAAGGCGCUUGAGCAGGUUUUCGGUAGCGUCGAGAGCUCUCGGGAUGCGCAGGUCAGAUUUCUGAAUACUUACCAGAACCCAGGAGAAAAGUUAUCGGCUUAUGUUAUACGCCUGGAACCUCUACUGCAGAAGGUGGUGGAGAAGGGGGCCAUAGAUAAAGAUAACGUAAAUCAGGCCCGCCUGGAGCAGGUCAUCGCUGGGGCCAACCACAGCGGAGCCAUCCGGAGGCAGCUGUGGCUGAUCGGGGCUGCGGAAGGGCCGGCCCCUAACCUCUUCCAGUUGCUGGUGCAGAUCCGCGAGGAGGAGGCCAAGGAGGAAGAGGAGGAGGCUGAGGCUGCCCUCCUGCAGUUAGGCCUGGAGGGGCACUUCUGAGCCCCAGGAAACGGAGCUUUAGUGCAGACCUAGAUCACAGUUGCUUUCGCGUCUCUCUGCUGUCUUAUAGGUAUGUCUCUUACUAAUAAAUUCUUGUUUUCUGAGGGGAAGUCAGGCCUGCGUAUUCAUGUAACAUUAGUAAAAUCAUGAGAGUGAGCAAUCCUGAGCCGCUACAAGAGAGUCAUGCUAGCUGAAAUGCCAGGUAAAGGCUUGGACCCAAGUACUCAGUGCAAGCUGUCGUUGUGGCAUCAUCAUAAGUUGUGGAAAACGUGAACUUGUGACACUUCUGAUUGAGGUACUUAAAUGUAAAAUUGCAUGUUCAGAUGUUUAGCCCAGAGCCUGGCUAAUACAGGAAAUGUUGAGUAAAAAUAUGAACUAUUACUAAUAUCGUGAGUUACUAAUAUUUUGAGUUUCGUGUUUACUGAAGAUUGUUCCUGAUUUAUAUUAAUGGAAAGAAAUGUGAAUCAUAUUAUUAGUUGCACUUUACAGUGCUAAUUUCUCAGUUUUCAUCUUUAGACAUCUGGAUUAGUAUAAUCGAAAAGUAUUCUGAGACUACAAAAUGAGUUGGAAAUUUAGAGCUGCGUAAAUUAGAAUUUUUCACUGUAUGAGAUAUAAAUCGCAUGGGUAGGUUAAUAUGAACCAGUUACAGUAUCCAUUCCCCCAUUUCAAAUCUUUGUCAUUGGCUAGUAGUUCUUAUUCAUGCUGAUUAUAAGUAUUCUAAAUUGGAAGUUAUCAAAUACAUGUAUACAAAUAAAAAUAUUUUAAAAAUUC